CACACCAAUUUUGAAUUUGGAACGGCGAACGGCCAUCUUGGCCGUAUUCGGUUUUCGCGAGUGCCGAUGCUCAUUUAGUGGCAGUUGACCAAAGACUAGUUUUGUUUUUUGACAGUGAUGGAUACAAGGCGCUGAGGUCGGCGGACAACAGAUGUAAUACAACCCCAAGAUGCAGCCAUUCCAGUCGAGCGGGCGAGCAGACGGCCCGCGGGAGUCAUCCCCCGACCGGGCCAAAUCCCCAGACACUCCUGCACCAGUGCUCAACUUCUCUAUAGCGAGACUAAUGGAACCAGACCGAAAGAAAUCUGUGUCACCAGAACCUCCCCCUCCGCCAGGGUUCCUCUCAUACGGAGCCCAGCUAUUGGACUCCGCAUUCAAACAGUACAUACCUUCCGCUAGACGACAGCUGGUUUCUCAUUACCCUCUACUGUAUUAUAGUCCCGACUUAGUAUCCUUAACUUAUGCUCACCAACUACAUAUGCCGAGGCCACCGCCGGCGCCAUCGUCCCCCGUCCAAAGACCUCCAAGUCCUAGGCAGCCAGCAGCCGAUCAUGCUGUAUCAUCCACUACAGGGCCAACACCAUCUCCGGCAAAGAACAAGAGUUUCGCUUGUGGCGACUGUGGGAAGGUCUUCAACGCUCACUAUAAUCUGACUCGGCAUAUGCCGGUGCACACUGGAGCGAGGCCGUUCGUAUGUAAAAUAUGUGGCAAGGGAUUCCGACAAGCGUCCACACUGUGCAGGCAUAAGAUCAUACAUACAUCGGAAAAGCCUCACAAAUGCCUGACAUGUGGAAAAGCGUUUAACAGAUCAUCAACGCUGAACACUCACGCGCGAAUCCACGCCGGAUACAAACCGUUUGUUUGCGAAUUCUGUGGCAAAGGCUUCCAUCAGAAAGGCAACUACAAGAACCAUAGAUUAACGCACAGCGGUGAAAAGGCCUACAAAUGCAAUAUUUGCAAUAAAGCAUUCCACCAGAUAUACAAUCUGACCUUCCAUAUGCACACGCACAACGAAAGAAAGCCGUUUACGUGUAAUAUAUGCGCAAAAGGUUUCUGCAGAAAUUUCGAUCUUAAGAAACACACGAGAAAGUUGCAUUUAGGUGCUGUAAAUUCUAACAAUGGCGACUCGUCUUUGGACACACAGGACGAGUCCACACAGGAAGCCACUAACAGUCCCGGGGAAGACGCAAGCAGAGCUGCUUUCAGACCGUUCCUGGGAACGUCGUACCCUCGUCUACUGGACCCAGCGCGGAUGGCAGCACCCAAUACAUUUUUCUCAAAACUGUUGUGACCAGGCGCCUCUUAUUACAACAAUUUCGAAGCUAAUGAGUGAAUUGAUGUUGGAUUUGAUGUACCUAUUAAUUUUAGAAAAUUAUUUAUUAUGUAUAUUGAAGAUUUUAUUUAGUUUGUAGCGUAAUAUUAUGUGAUAGAUGUAUAUUUACGAAUCAAAUAUAGGUGGUACAUAUAGAUAUACCUUGGCCUCUACCAAUAUUCAGAACUAUAGUGUGAAUUUAUUUAAUUUUUCAGCUCUGGUUAGUGAUAUAAGAAGUGUCUGAGUUACAUACAUACAUACCAUUACAAAACAAUGUCCACGAAUCGUUGCCAUGCGAAAAAUGUUUACAAGUGUUAAUCCACAAUUGUUCUCAAUAAAUUCUCAUAAUCUCUCGUGGUAUCAUAACAAAAAUAAAUCAGAGCAACUGAAAUACUGGUAGUUAUUUCAGCUAGUUCAUUGUUUAGACCAGUGUUUCCCAACCUUUUUCGUGCCAUGCCCCACUUGAACAUUUCUAAAAUUUUUAUGGCCCCAUACAUAAUUUUUCCCGACAAAGUUUACUUGACGACUCUAAUCGCCCAGUUGAUAUUUUGGUAACGUCAAACAAAAUUAUACCUAAUAAAUAUUUACAGCAUUUUUAACAUUUUUUUUUUGUUUUAUUUAGUACCGAUAUCUACUGGUAGCAUUGCAUUUGAAUGGCCCGGAGCAAAAUGGUUAAAAUCGCUUCGAGUCCAUUUUUAAUUGCCCCCUUAACUAUCAAAUUGCCCCAUGUGGGGCGUGGGCCUCACGUUGGGAAACACCGGUUUAGACUGUUCUUCAUGUUAUAUCACUUAUUUCGUAUUUAUCUUGAUGUAAAUUUGAUUAUCCACAAUCUUUCUGAAUUUAAACAACUGAGAGUUUUACAACUAGUAACAUACUGUAUUUAACGUGACUGUAGUUCUUGGAUUAAAAAUUAACAAAAAAAUAAACAAAUUUAGUUCAAAAUUGAACGGCGAGUGUAAAUACAAAGCUAUCAAACUUUAAUAGGCAAUUAUGUAAAUAAUACAAAACGUUACAUUAUUGACAAAUAUGUAUAUAAACUUAAAUAUGUAUUUAUCCGAGUACAUAUUUAAAUAUAAAAUAUUCAGAAUGAUGUAUGAAAUAGUUAGAUGUUUCGCUUUGAAGAGGAAAGUAAUUAAACUAUUGCGUGAUGUUGCAGUUUCUUUUUGUUGCAAGAGAUAAAAAAGGCACAAGUGAUGUUCUGAGGUCGCCGCUUAUCAUCUGGUAAGCCGUAUGCUUUAUUGAACUUUGUCUGCAUAAACAACUAUAUGUGAAAGCUAAAUGUAUGAUUAUUGUUUUUGAAAUCAGCAGCAUCCUUCUAAAAAAGUGUUAAUUUAUCAAAAACACUUAUCAAAAAUCGAAUAUUAACAUCUGAACGUGCCGUGUUAGUAUAGAAAGUCUAUGCUCGCCUCACGUAGUUACUUAGGCCAUAUUAGUAUGUGAAAUUGAACAUUUUCUCCCAAAUAUUUAUAGUCAUUUACAUUUAAAAUGAAUAAUGUUUAAGUUCACAUGAAGAACACUCCUGAUUUUGUGAUUUCGCCCUAUAAAUAACUCAUACAACACCGAGACAAUCAAUGCCUGUGGGACUAUUUGUAAAGCAAGAGUUAUAGAGUUAAUAAAUAAUCAAAUAUAUUCAAACUUGUAUUUCGUUUCGAGGUAAUCAGAAGCUUUAUAUCAACUAAAUGUGGACUACAAACAGUCAUUGUAUCUCUGAUUAUCUCGUCUGUGAUUGCAGUUCACAGCAUAUACUCACAAAUAUAAUUUCAGUGCAACGAACAAGUUUUUAGACUGUUUAAAGCAUUUACAAGUUUUCAUUUAGUAUUUCGUACAUAAAAAAAAACGUCCAAUUUCUAAAAAGAAAAAAUAGUUUUAGUUAUUGAAAUUAUUUCUCAUUUUGCCCAAUUUGAAAGAAAGUGAUAAAAGACUUGUUUAAUUUUAGCAGGUACGAGUAUUAAUUUUACGAAAGAUAACUAUUCUUUCUCGAACAUUUCAUCAGGUACACUACCUGAAUUGUAUAGCUACCUACUUGAAACAUUUGUUUUGAAUUUCAAAGUGUAAUUUGUAUAGAAGUUGUACAUUGACUACCCAUCAAUAGACACGUAUCGUUGAAGUGUGAUGCAAUAUUGUAUAAUUAAAUAUAUAUUAUACAAAUAAUAUUAAA